AUGAGGCCGGAUUACAUGGGCGUCAUGUUUUUAACGAGCGCCGUGGUGUCGUUCAACGCCGGCAUCUGGCAAAUCUUCCGUCGCUCGGAGAAGAAGCAACUGCUUGAGAACCACAAGAAUCUCCUGAAGCCCGCCGUGGAGGAGCUCCCGCCGGACGAAACGGCCGUUGACAAGUUUGAGUUCCUCCCGGUCAAAUUGGAGGGCGUCUUCGACAACGAGGGCUCCGUGCUGGUGGGUCCCCGCUCUCUCCCGUCGUACAAGGGGACCGCCGGACACGACGAGAGCAAGGGCGGCUUUCUCGUCGUGACGCCCUUUGAGAUCGCCGGCACGAAGCAGUUCGUCAUGGUGAACCGCGGCUGGGUUCCGAUUGACGCGGGGAGGCACCGCACGCUGCUGAUGCAGUACAUCGGCGAGGGAUUUGCCACGGCGACCGUGCGCGGGAUCCUUCGCCGCGAGGAGUUCCUGUCAGGCUCGCUUUUCUGGGGAAAGAACGCGCUGAACGAGGGCCCCGUCGCCGCCGACCUCUCCUGGAUGGCGCUGCGGCCGAUGAACAUGGCGCUAGACUACUACAAGCGGCGCUGGGGCGCCCCCAACGCCGAGGCGAGCGUUGCCCAGCACGGCCUCCACCACUACUACGUGGAGAUGCUAGAGGACUACUCCGGCGACGACCAGCGGAUCGUGCGGGGGCACGCCUGGCCGUGGCGUCGGAGCACAGACGAGGUGACGUACGUGCAUCUGCUGCCCAUUGUGCACACCAUGUACGUCUUCUUCUGGUUCUCCGUCACCGUCGGCUCGCUCUACGGCAUGAGCCGCUGCUACCAGCGCCAGAAGGAGCUCUUCGCCAUACGCAGACACAUGACCGCACAGUCGAUGCUGCUCGAAAAAAAGCGCCAGGAAGAGGCGCAGGCGUACCUGCAAGCGGUGCAGGAGGUGGAGCGGAUGAAGCACCUGGGAGGAGCGGCCUCCGCGGCGCGGUUGGGGGCACAGCACACCGACAGCAAAGAGCAAGAGACAAAGCCAUGA